AUGGCAGGACAAAACCAGCAGGCCAUGAUCGACGACAAGGAAGUUGAGCGACUGAUUCAGGAGCUCCGGCGCUAUCACCCAGCCCGUUACACAGGGGUGCUGCACCAACAACACGAACAACACCGGCGGCAGCAGCAGCAGCAACUGCAACAACUGAUAGAGCCGUCGGCAACGCUGGAGCCUUCUCUGGCUUCGGUACCAGACCCUGUGGCACCAGCGGACCCCAAUAUGCUCUGGGGGGAGGUACCGCUGGCUGCUACUCGGCCGAUGCCUUCCAGCGACUUUUCCGCGUUCCUUGCCGCCGAGCAAGCCCUCCAGGCGGAUCGCCGUGCUCAGUUGGUCGACAGGCACGACAGGCCUGCCUUCCAUAACCGUCGGCAGGCACCUUCGGGCUUGGCCGUGUGGCACUGGGCCAAGUCACGGCUGCAACAACAACAGCAGCAGCAGCAGCAACAGCAACAACUACAACAACGGCAGCGGCAGCGGCAGCAGCAGCAGCAGCAGCAGCAGAGUCUCCACUUGGCCCAACUCGACAACGUCUCAGUCGAUCAACAAGGCCACUGCGGUCUGGGGGUCAAUGAUCAGUAUGCUGUGCCUCAAGGUCCGCUGGAGAAUGGGGGCGAAGAGUUUGAUUGGGAUUUAUUUCUCCAAGAACCGGAGGGCGAAAUGGAGUCUAUGAAUGUCUUAAUCGACGAACCGAAUUAUUCCAAAGGGCAGGGUCAGAACAACCAGAUGGGCCCGACCCGAGGAGCGGAUCCAUCGGAGAAUUUCGACCCCAACAGUCACAAUCCUACGUCGGAGAGAGCGCAGAAGUGA